UUUCCCAACAUGCCUUUGCACUGAAAUCUGCACAAACCCUCAGUUUCCUCAGCACAGGAAAUGUCCCAUCAGCCCCAGGUUUAAAUCAGAGGGCCUCAAUUAGAGAAACCGCUCUCACCUGCUGCCUCCCAGCAGAGUUCCUAUUUUUAAGUCAAAGACAUCUGAGUGUCCUUUUUGGUUUUUAGUUGUAGCGAGCAUAAUGGUGCUGAGUUUUAUGAUGUGGUUUCUGGUUUUCUGUUGCGUGUCAGCAGUUGCAGGUGUUCCUGUUGAGAUAAAGAAUGGAGCGGCUUCCUCUGCCUCAGGUAACGCUACCACAGUUGAUGCUGUUCUCCAGCUGAAUGCAACUGGGACCAAAGUUGGUGGCAGCUCUUCAAACACCACCCAGAAUGAAACUACCACUUCCCCAGCAUCCAAGCAUCCCGUCUUAAAUGAAAGUGCAGAAACCUUAGCAGACUUGCAUGGCUAUCUGGGGCUAGAUGAAGGAGAUAUUUUGUUGGCACAGGACAGAAACGCUGUGGACUCGGUGUGGUCAGGUGGCGUAAUCCCUUACGUAAUCAGCCCAGAACUCGCUCACCGAGGGUCUGAGAUCCAGGCGGCCUUCAGGAUGAUCUCGGGGUCGACGUGCAUUCGCUUUCAGCCGCACGCCGCUGAGUUCAACUACCUGGAAAUCAAAGAUGGCAACGGCUGUGCGUCGUUUAUUGGCUGCCGGGGGGGGUCCCAGCCGGUGUAUUUUUCUGAGUCCUGCUCGGCGGGGAACCUGGCCCACGAACUGCUGCACGCUUUGGGUUUGUACCACGAACACACCAGGAAGGACCGCGACGACUACGUCACCGUCAACUGGCCCCACAUCAGCCCAAUGAAGAAUGGAAACACCCUCAACUCGCCCUACGACUUUGGCUCCAUCUUGCACUACGGGCCGGCUUAUUUCAGCGUGGACGGAGGCCAAACUCUGGAGCCCAAACAGAGCGGCGUGCAGAUCGGUCAGAGAAAAGGUCUGAGCCAGCUGGACAUCCAGAAGCUGAACAUCCUCUACAACUGUGAUAAAGGUGAUUGUUCGGCUCUGGCCGGUCAGUAUGAUGAUGACCUGAGGGCCGGUGGCCCGAUGCCAGGACGCCGCCCCUCCAGGUUCCCGAUUCUGCUCCUGCCUCUGGAUAACGGCCUGAUGCUUCCCGGCUCAGCUGCUCUGGGAAGCAGACUGGGAAGCAGACGGGAAGCAGAUUGGGAAGGAGGGCCGGGAAGCAGGAUUGGGAUUCAAGUCGGGAAGCAGGUCGGGAAGCAGACUUGGAAUCAGACAGGGAUUCAGGGAAGCAGAGCCGGGAAGCAGGGUGGGAAGCAGUGA